AUGGGACUGCCACCCCCUCCUCCAAACCCCACCAUCUCUCUCGCCCAGAUCCAGACGGUGAACAUUCGCGCUCAUGUUCAUAUCGUUCUUGAUCUCGAGAACACCUCCUACUCUCAAUGGCGGCGCCUCUUCGACACGGUCUUCGGCAAGUUCGGCCUUCGGGAUCAUGUCAUCAGCAGCACCGCCACCCCUCGCUUCUCCGACUCUGAAUGGGCCAUGAUCGACGAGUGCAUCGUCAAUUGGCUCUACAUGACCAUCUCCACCGAGCUUGUCGACAUCGUCAUGGAGCAGAACGACACCGCGCUCGCCGUCUGGACAGCGAUUGAGGAACUCUUCCAUGACAACCGACUCACACGCGCCGUCCAUCUCGAGUCGGUGUUUCGCUCCCUCCUACAGGGCGAUCUCUCCGUGACCGAGUACUGCUCCCAACUGAAGGUGUUGGCCGGCAAACUCGCUGAUGUUGGCCAUCCCAUUCGUGAAGAUAAUCAAGUGGUGAACUUGCUGCGCGGCCUCAACCCUAGACUUCGCCACAUGAUCUCCUCCAUCAACACGCAAGAUCCCCUUCCCUCCUUCCGCAAGGUGCGCUCUCAACUUCUUCUUGAGGAGAAAAGUCUCAAGAAUCAAGAGAAGCAAUUCGGCGCCGCCGCUUAG